UUACGAUUGAUCCAAUCUCCAAAACACCUCCCUUCACAAUCUCCUCUCCUCAAUUGCUGAAGCAAUUGAUUCUUUUUUGUGUCUUUGUAGCAUAGACGACGGUCACAAUGUUCAGGAACGCUCUCCGACAGUCCAGCCGGACGGUGGGCGCAAUCUCUGCUUCCGGCAGAGUCGCUGCAGGAAGAAUUGCUGCACCUGCUGCCUUCAACGCUUCCGCCAUCCAGGCUCGUACUUACGCUGAGGCUAAGGCUGCCCCGACUGAGGUUUCUUCCAUCCUCGAGCAGAAGAUCCGUGGUGUCCAAGAAGAGGCUGGCCUUGCCGAGACCGGACGUGUCCUCUCCGUCGGUGAUGGUAUCGCCCGUGUCCAUGGCAUGAGCAAUGUCCAGGCCGAGGAGCUGGUUGAGUUCGCCUCCGGUGUCAAGGGUAUGUGCAUGAACUUGGAGGCCGGCCAGGUCGGUGUUGUGCUUUUCGGUUCCGAUCGUCUCGUCAAGGAGGGUGAGACCGUCAAGCGUACCGGAGAGAUUGUCGAUGUUCCCGUUGGACCAGAGCUUCUCGGCCGUGUCGUUGAUGCCCUCGGAAACCCAAUUGAUGGAAAGGGACCAAUCAACACCAAGGAGAAGCGUCGUGCCCAGGUUAAGGCCCCCGGCAUUCUUCCCCGUCACUCCGUCAACCAGCCCGUCCAGACCGGCAUGAAGUCCGUCGACGCCAUGGUUCCCAUCGGACGUGGUCAGCGUGAGUUGAUCAUUGGUGAUCGUCAAACCGGAAAGACCGCUGUCGCUCUCGACACCAUGCUUAACCAGAAGCGUUGGAACAACGGCACCGAUGAGUCCAAGAAGCUCUACUGUGUCUACGUCGCCGUUGGACAGAAGCGCUCCACCGUCGCUCAGCUCGUCAAGACCCUUGAGGAGAACGACGCCAUGAAGUACUCCAUCGUUGUUGCCGCCACUGCCUCUGAGGCCGCUCCUCUCCAGUACAUCGCUCCUUUCACUGCCACCUCCAUGGGUGAGUGGUUCCGUGACAACGGCAAGCACGCCGUUAUCAUCUUCGACGAUCUGUCCAAGCAGGCUGUUGCCUACCGUCAAAUGUCGCUCCUCCUCCGUCGUCCUCCCGGACGUGAGGCUUACCCCGGUGACGUUUUCUACCUGCACUCGCGUCUUCUGGAGCGUGCUGCCAAGAUGUCCGACAAGCACGGUGGUGGAUCCCUCACUGCUCUGCCCAUCAUUGAGACCCAGGGUGGUGAUGUGUCCGCUUACAUUCCUACCAACGUCAUUUCCAUCACUGAUGGACAGAUUUUCUUGGAGGCCGAGCUCUUCUACAAGGGUAUCCGCCCAGCCAUUAACGUCGGUCUUUCCGUCUCCCGUGUCGGAUCCGCUGCCCAGCUUAAGGCCAUGAAGCAAGUUGCCGGUUCGCUCAAGCUCUUCUUGGCCCAAUACCGUGAAGUUGCCGCUUUCGCUCAAUUCGGUUCCGAUUUGGAUGCCGCCACCAAGCAGACCCUCGCCCGUGGUGAGCGUUUGACCGAGCUCCUCAAGCAGAAGCAGUACUCCCCCAUGGCCGUCAACGAGAUGGUUCCUCUCAUCUACGCCGGUGUCAACGGUCACCUCGACUCCGUCCCCGUCGAGAAGAUCCUUGUCUGGGAAGCCGAUUUCCUCGCCCACCUCAAGACCAACGAGCAGAGCCUGCUCGACACUCUCGACAAGGAGGGUGCCUUGAGCAAGGACCUCGAGGCCCGCCUCAAGGAGUCCAUCGUCUCCUUCACCAAGUCCUUCAUCGCAUAAAGGACCAACACCUGCGCCUUGAUUUCCUGUGUUUGUUAGAUCCCCUCACUUCCGCGCUAUGUAUCUAUCUCUUUAGUUGGCGGCGAGGCGGCCGGUUGCGAGCUGUCGCGUACGAGGGGGGGUAAUGCAUUAGCUGUAAAAUAGAAACAUCUACCUUAGAAACUGGAGUGUGUGAUCUGAUAUUGUUACCUUAAAUUGAAAUAGUUUGUG